UUGCCAACAUAGAAAGCAAAGAACAACGUCGAUUGGAGUACCAAGCAAGAUCACUUGUCCCCCUGAACACCCACGAACUUUUGCCACAGAUGAUUUGGAAGGCUUCUUUGUUACACUUCACCAGAUGCUUGGUAGAACAUUCGAUCAUAAAACGUUUGUUGAGAACUACAGGAAGAUUAAGCAUGCAGAAAUUUGUGAAAAGAAUUAACAUUGACCUUCCAUUUCAUUAUUGGACUGGGGUCAAUGAAAGAUUCAACGUGGGACCUAUGAAAUCAUUCAAUGAACCACCUGAUG